AUGUCAGGUGGUCGGUUGGUCGUGCUCGACCGUCUAGGGAGGGACGUGAAGGCGUACCCACUGGAAGAUGGGUUGGCCACGAUAGGGAGUGACCCAGUCUGCGAUAUCCGAGUGAUGCUGCCGCAAGUCAGCCCUCAUCAUGCAACAGUUGUGGUUCAUGCCAACCAGACGGUAGUGCGCAGUGUGGCGGGUCCGACGCUGGUGAAUGGAGAUCUAGUUAGUGUGGCGGCAUUGAGACACCGAGACAUACUGUCCAUAGGUGGUCGGUCGCUGCGCUGGGAGUAUAGUGUUGCUCGGCCACGCCCAUUGGCGCCCCAGCCCGGUAUGUACUUAGCCAUUAUGUCUUCGCUGGCGCGCCGGGAGCCGCGCGCGCGCGCCCGCCGCCGCGGCAGCGAGCCGGCCGCGCGCGCCGUGCUGGAGCCCGCCGCGCGCGCCUCCAUGCCCGCUUCGAGUGGUGGAAAGCAAGUGGCAAUUGUGCAACCUCAACGAAGAGACACCUCUGAGCAAAUUGAUGUCUCGCGAUCAAACUCAAAUUCAAGCAUGAAACGCACGCCGCGCACGAGUAGAAACGAUGAGCAGGACUCUGGAAAUGACGGUGACAGUUCUGUAAGGCAGCCCCCGGCGAGCGGCGCUCAGGCCGCGUGGCCGCAGGCGCGCCGCACGCCGCUGCGCCUGACCGCGCUGCGCGCCGCGCACCGCCGCCGGCACGCCGCGCGCUCGCCCGCGCCGCGCAAGAUACGCGCGCCCGCGCGGAUCGGUGAGCGCGCUCCUUAUGUCACACAGCUACUGGCUGGCCGCAGGCGCGCCGCACGCCGCGCAAGAUACGCGCGCCCGCGCGGAUCGGUGAGCGCGCUCCUCUAUGUCACACAGCUACUGGCUGGCCGCAGGCGCGCCGCACGCCGCGCAAGAUACGCGCGCCCGCGCGGAUCGGCGCGCCGCACGCCGCGCAAGAUACGCGCGCCCGCGCGGAUCGGUGAGCGCGCUCCUCUAUGUCACACAGCUACUGGCUGGCCGCAGGCGCGCCGCACGCCGCGCAAGAUACGCGCGCCCGCGCGGAUCGGUGAGCGCGCUCCUUAUGUCACACAGCUACUGGCUGGCCGCAGGCGCGCCGCACGCCGCACAAGAUACGCGCGCCCGCGCGGAUCGGCGCGCCGCACGCCGCGCAAGAUACGCGCGCCCGCGCGGAUCGGUGAGCGCGCUCCUCUAUGUCACACAGCUACUGGCUGGCCGCAGGCGCGCCGCACGCCGCGCAAGAUACGCGCGCCCGCGCGGAUCGGUGAGCGCGCUCCUUAUGUCACACAGCUACUAGCUGGCCGCAGGCGCGCCGCACGCCGCGCAAGAUACGCGCGCCCGCGCGGAUCGGUGAGCGCGCUCCUCUAUGUCACACAGCUACUGGCUGGCCGCAGGCGCGCCGCACGCCGCGCAAGAUACGCGCGCCCGCGCGGAUCGGUGAGCGCGCUCCUUAUGUCACACAGCUACUGGCUGGCCGCAGGCGCGCCGCACGCCGCACAAGAUACGCGCGCCCGCGCGGAUCGGCGCGCCGCACGCCGCACAAGAUACGCGCGCCCGCGCGGAUCGGUGAGCGCGCUCCUUAUGUCACACAGCUACUGGCUGGCCGCAGGCGCGCCGCACGCCGCGCAAGAUACGCGCGCCCGCGCGGAUCGGCGCGCCGCACGCCGCACAAGAUACGCGCGCCCGCGCGGAUCGGUGAGCGCGCUCCUUAUGUCACACAGCUACUGGCUGGCCGCAGGCGCGCCGCACGCCGCACAAGAUACGCGCGCCCGCGCGGAUCGCUCCGCUCUGCAGCGCGGGCUCAGCGCUCCCCUACGCUGCCGCUCGGCGGGCGAGGGCUGCCCGCCCUCCGCGCUCCGGCUUCUAAAGAACACUAGGGGUAGAGCAGACCAAGACCACGUGGAUAGUGGAGUGCUCCGAUUCGAUCACACGAAGCAAGCGGCGAUUAUGUUAAUGACGGGGCACACGCCGAAGUCUAAGCAGAGCCCGAAGCAACCAUCGUUUGUGGUUAAAAAGCCGAGCCCGGUGAGAAAAACUCCGAAACGAAAGAAAUCCAGUCCGAGGAAAUCCCCAAAGAGUCAAAAUGUAUCUCCAAGGAGUCCGAAUAUAUCUCUAAAGAGUCCGAAUGCAUCGUUAAAAAGUCCGCAUGUGAAGAAAUCGAGGACUCCACUCGUGACUCCGAAACGCGCCAGUACCUUCUCAGCUACCCGUUCUAGUGCUAGAGGAUCUGGUGACCAUUCGGCGUCAGUAUUAGAGAUAACGGACUCGGAUUCUCGGACACUUCCAGCCAGUAACUCGUCCGUUGGUUUCGCACGUAAGAGUACUCCGCGGUCGCCUGCACUACCGACACCUAAGAAAUCGGCUCUCAAAGAUCCCUCCGCAAAGAAAAGUACAAGGAAAAUCGAGUCGAUCAAAUUCGAUUUGAGUAACUUAGAGAGCAGCGCUCAAGGACGCUCAUCGGAUAUCCUAUUUGUAACCGAAACUACGAAUGACAAUUCGUUCAGCAGUGAAUCGGGUGAUGAGAUGUCGUUGCACUACUCGGACACCUCCACUACCCAGUCACCGUCACCCAGAAGACCUAUACAUUCUAGAAGUAGUCGAAUGCUUGAAAAAUCGUUGGGAUCUACGUUCACACCUAAUACACCCUCGAUGGUCGACAACAGUACUUUGACAUCAGAGUCACCACGUAGUAAAAAAUCUCUAAGAGGCAGUUUAAUUGUGCAGAAAGCUCUAGAAAAAUCUGACGUUGAAUCGUCGAGAUACUCUCGUAGGACUACAAAGAGUCUUUCUGAUCAGAGUUACAACACAACAGUAGCGUCCGCUCGUAAAACAAAAACGUUAAGUCCGAGAUCAUCCAACCAAAACUUGGAAUCGUAUUCUAUUGUUGAUUUAGUUUCGAUCGAUUCGAAUGAGUCUGCGAGGUCUGUAUACAACUCCGCCGCUUCCAAUAACACUACGGUGACUUUCGGCACUCCGCAAACGGCAGCUAGUCGGGCCACGAGGUCGAACAACCCGUCUUUAUUGGGCUCCAGUACUCCAUUUUUAAACAGGUCAUCGUCACUAAAAGCUAGAAACGAAAACCGCAAUUCAAAACGCGUGUCUAAUAUCUCUACAAGGAGGUCCGCUUCCCUCACGACCCCUGAAAACUCCACCAAACACACACCCUUCAAUAGCACCAGGAUAUCCAGGGUUUCUCGUAGUCGCUCUCGAAUUAAUGACAGCGAUAUUUUACUUAUGGACAAUGAAGACGAGGACGCCUCACCGAAAUCUUCGAGGCGCAGCAAGAGCGGUCUAUCGAGUUCAGUAGUAAGAAAAAAUAUUUCCAUAACGGCCUCGCCGACUCAGAGCCCCUUAAACGGCACCGUAACACCGACGAAUCGACAUAGUCCCGAAGAAGCGACCACGCCUGUCCUUAGCAUCCAAAGUCUUUUAGAUCAAAGUGCGUUGAGCCAAAGUUCUACGAGCUCUCGACAUACUCAAACGAGAGCAAAAUCAGCUAGCCUAAAGAGAAAGACCAUAGGAGCCAAUGUUUCUCAACCUAAGAAAGUUAGAACAAGUAUUAAGUCGAAGUCGUUAAAUCUCAGCAGUAGGAGAACUAUGCGAGCCAGGAAAACGUCAUCUGAUUCAAUAGUCGCACGUAGUCAAAUUUUAAACAACCAGGUCGAGACGCCGAAGAGUGUGGUUGAGUUAGUUCAAGAAGGAGUGAAAAAUAAACAUUCGACUGCUAAGAAACCGACAUCGAAACGACACUUAAUAGACAACCUCGACGAAUCAGACUUCGUCAAACAGCUGUUCAAUAGCCCCGUCAAGAGGAAGUUGUCACGGAGCAUGACAGAGUUUUCAAAGAAUCACCUUUUCGACGAUGAUGUACCUUCGAGACCGACGAGAAAAACCACAGCAUUAACGGGACGAACCCCGGAUAAUUCUGUGCUAAAUGAAUCGAACGCGUUUACACCGGAGAUGUUCGUUAGUCCGUUGAGUACUCCGGGUAACAGUCCUAACUUGUCUGGAGUAAAGCGUCUUUUUGCUAGGAAGACCCCAGAAAAUGACCUUAGAAACGUCAGAGGAGUGAAGGCUUUGCUGCGUACACCUCGAACCAGAAAGUCCGUCCGAAACGAUCUAAGUAAAGUAUCGGGAGUGAAAAGAGUGUUUGCUCGAUCACCUAAAAACCGAUUGAGUGACGUUAGAGUCAAAGAAGUAUUCGCCUCGUCUCCUAAAAAUGAUUUAAGACGAGUAUCAGGAGUUAAGUCAUUAUUUCAAUCGACAAGGAAACCGAGGUCACCAAAAAAUACAUUAGAAGACGUUCGGGGAGUAAAGAAAUUGUUUCAAAAAUCUCCUGAAAACGAUCUGCGACGAGUUUCCGGGGUGAAGAGGAUAAUACGGAUCAACUCGCCGAGAAAUGACCUGACCGACGUGAGAGGCGUCAAGCAACUGUAUCGAGACGACAUCCGGAAUAACUUGAGCGACCUCAGCGGUGUCGAGGAACUGUUUCACGAACCGCAGGACCUCGACACCACCUUCGAUCAACUUAUCGGUAAACCACCCGUGAGGUCCUAUACGAAAUCUAAGAGCAUGGUUAACAUCACUAAAAAAUCUAAGCACACACGCAUGGCGCAAUCUUUGCACGACUCGAUCGGGCUAAUAACGAACAACGUCGAGGAGUGGCUUGAGAACGAGCUCAGGAAACGAGUCCACAAGCCCGAGGAGCCCGCCAGGAGCUCCAAUGUCUCACGGGAGCUACAGACACAUUCCACCCACACUGUAGAGGGGGUUUCACCCACCCGCGCGGCUAGGAUACGGAACAGUACACUGACCAAGAGUGCAGAACCGGAGGAACGGCAAAAGUCUCCAUCGGAGGUUUACAGCGCUCACACGCUACCCCUAAAGAAACGCUCUCUGGCAGAUGGGGGUGGUAGUGGUAGUGGCGGAGGUGGUAGUGUGGUGGAAGUACGGCUGCCAAUAAAGAAGCGCGCCGUACUUCACUCCACGCCGAUGAAGGGCGCGGGGCAUGUCACUCUUAAUGCCUCGGAGUUAGGACGCGUAUCGCCCAUCGCUGGGGAACGGACGACACAACUAAGAAAAGAGUCGCCGACAAAACCGUCAAAAGCUAGGGCCCAAAAAGUGCAAGUUAUUGCUAUACUCGAGGAACUAGCGAAACCGUCUCCAAGAAGAACACGCGCUAAAAUACAAAGUAGUCCUCAACCAGUGAGAGCGACUAGACGUGGGAAAGCGAAAGACGUACCUGUGACUAACGCGAAAAAGAGGCGAUCCUCUAUAGUCAUAACUAAGAAACCACCUGUAAUGAGUCCUAAACCUGAUCCAAAAACCACUAAACCAAAAUCUUUACAAGAAAAAGCUAAAGAAAUCGCAACUAAAGAAAGUCCAAAGAAAACGAGGUCAUUAAGACAAAGGUCUCAGGUCUCAGAAGAAAAAGUUAAAACUCCUAAAAAAACCAGAGCUAAAGCAAAUUCAAAAACAGUAUCCAUAACUAAAUCGUCUCCAAAACCCAAAUCUAGAUCUACGAGACAAGCUAAGAAUAUUUCAGAACCAGCUGUUACAAGUAAUCCUGUCAAGGAAACGAGAAGGGGAAAGAAAACUGUUAAUAACAAAAGUGUAGAAAAUGAGACGGAACAAUCAAAACCUGAAAAAGCUAAACGAGCUCGUAAAACUACAAAUGUAAGUGAAUCUAAACCAAACGUUCGGCGGGCAGAUGUUGAAGCCGAAGCACCUGUUAAAAGAACUAGGAAAACUGUUCAAGUAAUUGCUGAAAGUGAUCAAUCACAGAAUAAAAGGACCAAAGGCGCUAAAGAUAAAGUUGUACAACAAGCCAGCGUAGAACCAGAACCUGUUCGACCAACGCGAGGACGUAAAACUAAAGACAAUACUGUUAUACCAGAAAUUAACAAAAGGCAAAAAAAGGCAAUUAUAGUUGAUGAUCCUAAACCUGCCGUAAAUCACAAUGAAGUUGCGCCGAGAACAAGCAGACGCGGCAAAGUUAAAGAAAAUGUAGAAACGGCAGUUACUACUAAUAAAAGGAAUGUUUCGAAAGUCAAAGAAAGUGUAAAAGAUAAAGCAGUUCCUAUGAGGAGUGCUAAAGCUAAAGAAAAUAUCGUCGUAAAAACAGUAAAUAAAAAAGGUGAAAGUAAUACGAGUGACAAUAAAAAAGGAAGCAGAGGGAGAAACGUUAGUGACAAAGAAGUAGAGACAGUACAAGAAGUUAGCAGAAGAAAUCCAAAGACUGCUUUAAAACAGAACAGUGAAGCAAAACCUCUUCGAGGCAAAAAGGUCACAGUCGCCGAAGAAAUACCAAAACCUACAUCUCGAAAACGAAAAACCAAGACUGAAGAAUCGGUCAUUGAAGAGGAAACGGCCGGGAAGAGAAGACGUGUUACACGCGCCGCCGUUCAGACUGAAGUAGUCCAGAAGCCCGCGAACCGCGGUCGCAGGAGAUAACAGUACGUACGUCGCACGCACUCAAAGUACAAAUUUGUUUGUUAAGGUACAUAGAAAAUACUUAGUGACCGUGAGCUCGCCUUGGACAGACUCACGGCGUCCUACUAGUUAUUAAAAACAUAUUAUAUCAGCGUUUUACGAGAAAUUUGAGAAAUAAAUAAAAUUAACAUUAAUUAAUAUAGAGCUGCCAACAUUAUUAGAACUAGAAUAGUUUAGGUGUUAAGACAUCACUGAUGUUCGUGUUUGUCGGAUAACUUUACGAAAUAAAGGGUACUAAGCUGCGGACACACACUUGAAUAUUGUUACAAGCCACGCAC